UGACCAGGCCAUUAAAGCCUAAUCGCCUAGCCGUGCACUGUAGUCUUUCCUUCUUCUUCUUCAGCGAGAGAGACGGAGAGGAGAGAGAAGAAAGUUUGGCGUCAGAGUCCACAGAUAUAGAUAUAUCGUUGCUUGUGUCAGCCACUCUAUACGACCGACCUCUGCCGCACAGAGAGACUGACAGCGACUGGUGAGGCGAAAGUAGAACAUAGGAGGGGAUUUUCUACUUCUUUUUGGCUUUCUAUCAGGCGUUUCAGCUUCUGUUUGCGGAUUUGUAUUGGCGGCUUGGGGGCGGGGACCGCGUGCUCAUCCUCUUAGGAGAUCUUGGAAUCGGAGAGAUUAGUUGGUGAGGAAAAUCUGCGGCGGAAUUCAAGCAAGUGUACAUUUAAGGCCCAGUAGUUGGUUUUCUGUGACUGUGAUUCCGUUGGAUUCAUAUCAUUUCUAAGCGCUUUUUUCAGAGUAAUGUUCUGUAGAAGGCAAAGAAGAUGGCCACUUUGGUCCCAGGUGUUCUCAUCAAGCUUCUCCAGCACAUGAAUACAGAUGUGAAAAUUGCCGGCGAACAUAGAUCAUCUCUCCUCCAGGUUGUUAGCAUAGUUCCUGCACUUGCUGGUGGUGAGCUCUUCUCAAAUCAGGGAUUCUAUCUUAAGGUUUCUGAUUCCUCCCAUGCUACUUAUGUCUCCAUUCCUGAUGAGCACGAUGACCUCAUCUUGAGUGAUAAGAUACAGCUAGGCCAAUUCAUAUAUGUUGAUAGACUCGAGGCAGCUAUGCCUGUACCUGUCCUUCGAGGUGUGAGGCCAGUCCCCGGACGCCAUCCUUGCGUGGGAAGCCCUGAGGAUCUUGUGGCUACUCGCCCCCUCACUUUCCUUAAUAGUUCUAAGGAUACUGUGAGUCCAUCACUGGGGAAAGAGAAGACCAAUUCAGUGAAGGUAGAUAGAACGACCAAAGUUGAAGUAAUGGAAAAGAAAAAAGCAUCUCUCAGCCAAUCUAGUUCAUCACUGUCAAAUCUGUCUUUGAGUAAUUCUGUGGGGAAGAAGCAUAAAAUUUAUGAAAAGUCAAAUUCAAUGAGUUCAAGGUCGAUUCCUUCGUCCCCUACAAGUUGCCAUUCAGUACCAUCAUCUUUUGACAAGCUAACUAAUGGAGUUAAACAACAUUCAAAGGCUAAAGUGCCAGAAAAGCCAUCUAGUACAAGAAUGAACUUGUUAGAAAGAGCAGCAUCUGUGUUAAGGGCAACUGCUGCUGGCAGGAAAUCAUUUGCUGGAAGUUCAGUAGUAAAUCUGGUGCCAGGGAUUGAUCCAGGGCCCAAGUCUUUGAGAAAGAGUUGGGAGGGUAAUGUAGAGACAAAGGGGAGGGAUAGCUCGAAUCCCAGGCCAUUAAAGACAGAAAAGAAAUCUGAAGCAUGCAGCUCUACGUUUUCUCGAAGGCUAUCAAUGCCAGUUGAGAGGCAACUACCAAAAGAAGAUAGCAGGGCUCAAACUCCAUUAAAGAAGGGCAACCUGAAUGAACCUUUGGAAGAUGUGAACAAAUCAGUGAAGACACGAAUUUCUAAUGUAAAGAAGACAUCGGAUGUUACAAUAACUAAUAAUAUUUCCCCUGGUGGCUUGGUUAAGGUUUCCUCCAGUAGCAAGAGAUUGUCAGAUGGAAGCAUUUCUUGGGCAUCUCUUCCACUGCCCCUAGUGAAACUUGGAAAGGAAGUUAUGAGAUACAGGGAUGCCGCACAACUUGCUGCUAUUGAGGCACUACAAGAAGCUUCUGCAGCUGAGAGCUUAGUUCGAUGCUUGAGCAUUUAUGCCGAGUUAUCUUCUACGGCGAAGGAGGAUAACCCGCAGCCAGUUGUGGAACAGUUUCUCAGCCUACAUUCGAAUCUCGCCCGUGCAGGCCUCGUCUCUGAAUCACUGAAGUCUUCCAGAGCUUGCCGCUGCAGCUCACCAGAUCAAUCUCCAGCCAGCAGCACUACCAUUAUCGCAGAGGACACCGCCCGCCUUUCCUCUGAAAACCACUGUCGUGCAAUGGCUUGGGUGAACGCCGCCCUCGGCACCGACCUCUCACCACUCUCCCUCUAUACCCACAAGUCCCAGUCCUUGUCUUCCUGCGGCACGCCGCAACGAGCAGUCGCAGUUCUAGACAGUGCGGUCAAGGUGACAGCACCAUCAUCAAAAGCCAAGCAGCGGGCACCUGCAACUGCUACAAAGGCAGGGAAGCAGCGACCGACGACUGCGACUGUAUCACCCCCAGCAAGGCAAUGGGAAAAGGGGGGUGGAUUGGAGGAAGGAGUGGAGCUAGCAAGGGCAUUGGAGGAGGAGGCCAAGAACUGGUUUGUAAGGUUUGUGGAGAGUUUUCUGGAUGGAGAAGCCAGUGGGGUUUCAAGGCUGCCAUGGGAUCGAGAGUUGGUUGCCGGAAUGCUCUCCCAUCUGAAGAAAGUAAACGAUUGGCUCGAUAGCAUCGGAAAGAGGGAUGAUUUGGGAGAGGAGGGUGGGCAUCAAAGCAGGACUGGUGGCUUGCCACAAGAGACAGUGGAGAGGCUGAGAAAGAAGAUAUAUGAGUAUCUCCUGACUCAUGUGGAGUCUGCUGCAGUCGCCCUCGGGGGCGGCGGCGGAGGUCCUGGGACUUUGUCGGCGGCGAUAACAGAACGGAAGGGAAGAAAGAAUUGAUUGAUGGAUCUAAUCUAACCCGAGAGUUUGAAUUGUUUGGUGGCGGGAAACCGUUGGCUGACUUUGGGGCUAGGAAACAGGCCCUGUAUGUGAAUUAGGGUGUUCCAGUUUACUAAUUGUGAUUUGUAACUUGGUAAAAAAGAGAAGAGCGCAAGCAAUACUGAGUCUGAACAGAAUUUGAUGUGUGCGGUCAUAUUCCUCUUCAAUUACAAGGAGAUUGUUUUGGUCAUUCAAAUUCAUCCUCUUCUGAAUGUGCUUUUGUGUUUAGGGUUCUGUAGAUUUGAAUAUCAAGCUGAUUUGAUUUUAAGCAUAGUUACAUUGGAAGGAAAUUGUAACGGUAUUUUUCUCUGUUUUGCCUGUCUACUUCUUUAAGGGGUUGAUUGGUUGCCUCUAAAGUAAAUGCAGUGUAAAGUAAAUGUAGGGUAAAGUAAAUGUAGCGUAUUCCAAUAUUUUGAGGUUGUUUGAUUGUCUGUAAAAUAAACGCAGGAGAACUGUUUCCCUUGUUUAAUUAGAUAUAUCCAAUGUAAACUAAAAUCAGUGCAUUUGUAAU